AAUAUUUCUGCAUUUGUAUAGUUACAAAAAAGAAAUGAUAAUAUUAUUAGUUAUGAUCUGAAUGUGUAAUGUAUAAAUGAUAUUAAUAUCUCCAUAUAUAAUAUAUUAAGAUAUUUUAUGCUUAAAUUUUUAAUAAAUUUUAAGUUCUAUUAAUAGGCAUGUUCGAUUAUUUUUGCUGAAGUAUUUGUGAAUUAGAGUUUUGUAAAUGUAAUUAUCGAUAGACAAUAUAAGAAAGCAAAAUGGUUCUGUCGAUUGUUGAAACAGAACGAUUUUGAUGAUUUUAUUUCAAUUUUAAAGAAUUAUUGCAUUUUGUUAUAGAAGUGUUAUAUCUCUUAAAAAGUUAUAUCUCUUUUAUAUUAUUCCUUUCCUUGCAUAAUGAUGAUGAUGAUGAUAAUGAAAUAUCUGUGAUAUAUAUACACAUAUAUUUUAUAAUGUUCCAAUCUUUAUUUAUUUAUUAAAUUAUUUGAUUUAAAAUUAUAAAAAGAGAAAAAUAGAAAAACAGAAUGAAUAAAUAGCAAAUUAAUUGAUAAAUAUUUAUCGUAGAUUGAUAAAGUCGAAAGAGAAAACGUUGAUACUCGAUUAAUCGACAAUCUCCUAUUGUUUAUAUCAUAAAUCUCAGGUAAUAAUAAUUCUACUAAUGCCGCCAAAUGUAAAAUGGUUGUAUUACAAUGAACGUUGUUAAUUUUCUGUUAUAAAUAAUAAUAAAUGUUUUUAUAAGGAAAUAUUAUUACUUGAGUUAUAUAUUUUGUGGCGCCAUUUUUAAGUUAGCGUUUUAUUUUACGGCAAAUCCAACAGGUGUCGCAUAAGUUUCACUAAUAAAUGAACAAUGUUUUUUGCACUUUUGUCUUAAAGAAAAUGAAAGGAACACAGUUUUUCUUGUUUGUUUUAAACCUUCUAUCGAGUAUCUACGUGUAAAUGCAAAAGCGUAUUAUUACACAAAGAAUUUAGACUGUUUUAAUUAUAAUGAAAUAAAAUUGUUAUUAUAUCAAAAGUAUUCAAUGGUGUACUUUAGACUGUUUCCUAGAUACGUUAUUAUCCCGUUGAUCAAAGUUAUAUAGUUUUUUACAAACUUUAGUUCAAUUUUCAUAAUUUACCAAACUGUUGAUCGAUUAGUACAAGAAAUAUAUGGUAUACGUAUGGCGCACUAUUACGAUGUAGAAGUAACCAAGUAUUGCUUUCACAACCCCUGUUCUUUUAACCUUCCUAAUGACGAAAAGAGAGAACUGUCCUCCAGAGCAGAGGGCGCGGUUGUAGAUCCUACUUUCGCUUAUGCCCCCUCCGACGGAUCGAUGCUUACAUUAACCUGUGGCGCCACAUAUAUUUUUAAAUGGUCAUGUUCAAUACAUGUUCAAAUCUUAUCAGUAACAACUUGUGUCUUGUAAAUAUUAUUAAUAACCUCUACUGAAGUGAUAGGAAAUAUAAAAUAUUUCAUAAUGGACCAAAAAUGUGAUUUCCCACCAAUUUGGCCUAACAUAAAUACCAUAUUAAAAAAUUAUGUGGAAUGCCCUGAACAGCUUCCGAUACAUCAAAUUGAUUUUGCUCAAUGUUAUUGGCCAAGAGAACCUGAUGUUGUUUCUUUAUUAAAUUAUGAAUUAUCACCGCAUGGCACAACAUUAAAAUUUGAUCGUGAUCCAAUAACAGGGUGUCUUGGACAAAUGCAAGAAAUUAUGUUAGAAGAAGUAGGAAAAAAUUCGAAAAAUUCAAUGUCAAUGAAACGUAUACCUGGAGCUGUUACGGAUGACAUUAGAGGUAAAAUUACUAAUAUACCAUUUUGGCCUGGCGGUUUCGAUGAACCUGUUGUAUUGGAAGAGACGACAGAAGAUAUUGAUUUUGAAAGGAAUUUAAGAACACUACCGGAAGGAUUCAGUUCUGGUAUAGAAUUUGAAGCUGAUAAUAAUACGCCAAAGAAGAAAGAGAAAUUUGUUGAUAUAUCAAAACCAGAAAGACAAACUAUAGAUGAUACAACAAAUAAAAUUAAUUUAAUGGCUCUCGUAGAGGAAGAAGAAUGUAAGCUUGAUUGGCCAAAUGUAGAAGAAUCUAAAGAAGAAAUGAAAAAGAAAAAUGAUGUAGAGAAAACUGUAGAAAUAUCUAAAACAGAUGAUAAUCCAUUACCAUCAGAAAAGCAAGAAAUAGCAGUUUUAAAAAUUUCUAAUGAAUUACAAUCAAAUAAAAUUGAGGAAAUGGAAUGGGCAGAACAAAUAGAUGUAUCUGUACCAGUAACAGAUUUCAAAACGAAAAUUCCUGAUCCAGCAAUGACAUUCGAAUACGAAUUAGAUACUUUUCAAAAGCAGGCAAUACUUAAGUUAGAAGAAAAUUGUAAUGUUUUCGUUGCGGCGCACACAUCUGCAGGAAAAACUACCGUUGCUGAGUAUGCUAUCGCAUUAACUCAAAAACACCUAACAAAGGUAAUUUAUACUUCUCCUAUAAAAGUACUCUCAAACCAAAAAUUUCGUGAUUUUAAAAAAAAAUUUGACAGCGUUGGAUUAAUAACAGGAGAUGUUCAAAUCAAUGAGACCGCAUCUUGUCUUAUUAUGACCACAGAAAUAUUAAAAUCAAUGAUAUACGGGGCAUCAGAAGUUCUUAGAGAUUUGGAAUUUGUAAUAUUUGAUGAAGUACAUUACAUUAAUAAUGAAGAUCGUGGUCAUGUAUGGGAAGAAAUUGUGAUUCUUUUACCACAAACAGUAAAUAUAGUUAUGUUGUCAGCGACUGUGCCGAAACCGAUAAUAUUUGCAAAUUGGGUUGGUCGUAUAAAAAAGCGGAAAAUGUAUGUAAUCAGCACAUUGAAAAGACCAGUACCAUUGAAGCAUUAUUUGUUUAUUCCUAAUAAUACUAAAAGUAAAGGCGAAUUACUUACAAUUCUUGAUGAAAAUGAAGAAUUUUUAUUAAAUAGAUGGUAUGCAGCAACUAAAAAAUUUCCAAAGCAUGACAAAAAAGAUGGAAACAAUUAUUUCGAUGAUAUGAAACAUUACGACGAAAUAUUAUAUGAUUUUGUACAUUUUUUAAGCAGAAAUGACAAAUUACCUGUCGUUGUAUUCACAUUGUCUAGGAAACGUUGCGAUACUAAUGCGAAUAAAUUAAAAAAUAUUACGUUAACUAAUCACGUUGAAAAAAUGCAAGUUAGAUCAUUCUUCGAGCAUACUAUGAAAUAUUUGAAAGGUACUGACAAACAUUUACCACAAGUUUGUAUGAUGCAAAACCUUUUAGAAAGAGGCAUUGGUAUACAUCAUAGUGGGAUAUUACCCAUUUUAAAGGAAACUGUUGAAAUUCUUUUCCAAAUGGGUGUUGUUAAGUUAUUAUUUGCAACUGAAACAUUUGCUAUGGGAGUUAAUAUGCCAGCCCGGACAGUAGUAUUCGAUUCAAUAAAAAAAUAUGAUGGCAACGUAUUUCGAAUGUUACUUCCUACCGAAUAUAUUCAAAUGGCUGGACGUGCCGGUCGAAGAGGCCACGACACAACUGGAACAGUUAUUAUAAUGUGUCAUAAAGAAAUUCCACAUUUUACUGAAUUAAGGCCUUUGAUGAAAGGUGAAUCAAAAACACUGGAAUCACAAUUUAAAGUAACAUAUUGUAUGGUUUUAAAUUUGAGAAGAACUAAUGAACUAGUUACUGUACAAUCCAUGAUGCGAAGAUCAUUUAAGGAAUCAUGUUUAGUUUUAAAAGAAGAUAAAUAUCAAACUGAUUUAAAUAAAGUAGAAGAAGAGUUAGCAAGUUUACCACCAUUAACGGAUGUACAGAAAGAAUUAUCUAAUUUCUAUGAAAUAGCAAUGAAUUAUUUACAAGAAUUGCGUUAUUUAAAACCCUUUAUGCUUGAAAAUAAACAAGCGAAGAAAAGUUUAUCCAAGGGUAGAGUUGUAAUAGUAUCGUAUAAAAAUCAUUUUAGAAAAUUAGGUGUACUGUUGGGAGUCAUUUCAUCUAAAGUCUUUGGAAAUCAAUAUCAAGUAUUCGUAUUAAAAGAUGGAAAUCAGCAAGAAGUUAACAUUGAUAGACAUUCGGACAAUUCAGAUAAUGAAAUUAAUAAAGAAAAAUCUGAAAAUUGGUAUAAUAUUAUCGCUUUAACCAAAAAGACUUAUUUUAUACCAUGUGGAGCUCCGUCGCAUGAAGUAAUCAUUAUUUCUCCGUGGAAUUUAAUCGAAAUAACAAAUCAUCUUCUUAAGAUCGAUUGCAAUAUGGUAUUGAAAGAUUGGGAAAAGAGACAAAUAUUUAGAUUUAGGAAUGAUAAACCUGGACCUACGUGUCAAGCAAUCGUUCAAGAAUUAAUGGCAAUAUCUGUACAUUCUAAAAAAAAUAAUGAUAUUUUGUCACCAUACGUAAAAUGGAAAGUACCUGAAAAUUUAAAUCCUAGAUUUAUACACUUACGCAAACAAAUGCAAGCUCUAGAAAAAAUAAAGUGUACAGAUAUACCAAACUUUGAGGAACAAUUUGAAGUCGUAUUUCAUCGUAUGGAAUUAUACAGAAAACAAAAAAAACUUCAGCUAAAACUCAGUGAUGAAGGAUUAUCUUUAUAUCCAGAUUAUAUAAAUAUGGUUGCACUACUUAAACGUCUGGGAUAUAUAGAUAACGAUGAAAGAGUUGCUUUAAAAGGUAGAGUGGCAUUACAAAUGGGAGUUAAUGAGUUAAUAUUAACGGAGCUUAUUUUAAAAAAUGUAUUAACUCCUUUGGAACCAGCUAAAAUUGCUGCGUUAUUAUCUGCUGUGAUAUAUCAACAAAAGGAUGAAGAAUUUUCGCUCCCACCUAAUUUUAAUCAUUUAAAAAAAGAAUCUAUAGUUUUGUAUAAUUUGCAUCAAGAUUUACAUAAAUUAGAACAAGAGUAUCAUUUAAAUACGCUGCAACCAUUGAAUUUUUCUUUGAUGGAAGCCGUUUAUGAAUGGGCACAAGCAAAAUCAUUUGCUGAAAUAAUGCAAAAAGUUGAUGUUCAAGAGGGUAUUAUAGUCAGAGUCAUUCAACAACUUAAUGAAACAUUGCAAGAUAUGAAAAAUGCAGCUGUGGCGAUUGGUGAUCCAGUUUUAAAAGGCAAAAUGGAAGAAGCAUCAACAGCAAUAAAACGUGAUAUAGUUUUUGCUGCAUCCUUAUACAUUCAAGAAUAAUUAUGGAAUAAACUAUUAUUGUAAAUUUAAUACUUUCUCUUGUUGGAAAUGAAGAAGGAUCAGGAUGUUUAUAAAAUACAAAGAUUAAUUCAUUAUUGUAAAAUUUAAGAAAAACAAUAAUUGAAGAUGAUGAAAAUUUUAUGAUAUUUUUAUAAAUAGAUAAUUUAAGAAAUAUUCAAAUGUUUAAAGUAAUGUAUUAAGUAUUGUGUAAUAAAUAUUGUCAAUUAA